AUGUUACCACCGAACAAUGACAUUUUAUUGGGAUUCCAUCGUGCUAUUCACGAGCGAUACUUUAAGAACGGAAUGGGAAAUGCCCGAUUAGCAGAAGCGACCGCACUUCACUGGGCAGCCAAGCAUGGUAGCAAAGAUGUCGUUAAACUGGUAGCCGGAACACUAAAGGCAGAUGUCAACGCAAGAACGAAUGGGGGUUACACGGCUCUCCACAUCGCAAUGCAAUUCGGAAGAAAUGAUAUAUUCGAGCUUCUUUGCAACGUUUAUAAGGCAGACCGCGACUUGUUGGACUGGAGCGGCAAGAAACCGUUGGAAUAUCAGAAACAAAUGACAAGUGUGUCGGCGUCCACCUACAGCAGUGAGUAUGAUCCCAUGUUUGUAGUGAACGAACGGUUCCAUUCUCUUCCGUCGAAAAAAAUUCUCUCGCCGCUUGCACGAGGCGGUACUUUUAUGCGUAAGAAAAGCCGCCGACAGCGUCCUUCCACUACGACUGGGCUCGAACUUCAACGCACCCAUUCAAUGCUUACUGUGGUCACGCCGGAACAACUAUCGCUUGCCACUAACAUUCGACCGGUUCCAACCGGCAGCACUAGCAGCGCUAAUGGCAGCGGCAUCUACAAUCGUGACAGCCUAACGGCUCAACCGAGCGACACGAUGAGCCUUAUAAGCGGAAGUACCGGAAACAUACGUAGAAAUGACAAAACCAACCAGAGCUUUUUUCGACGCAAGAAAACUCAAACGCUUUAUCAAAAUCGACGAACGCUAACAGAAGAAAGACCUGGAACACGACGAUCCAAACAUAAUAUGAUGCAUUGUGAUGUGGUCCACACGUCACCGGUCGGCAUGGAAUCCGAUUUGUUGACGCUCAAAAAUAGCAUCGAUCUACUUCUGAAUUCGGUUGCUCUGAAGAAAAUCAAAGCCAGGAAAAAGCAUACAGAAAAAGACUCGGGAUUCCUGAGGAUUGGCUCUCUGAACGUUCGAGUGAAGAGAACGACCGAAGCCUUCAGCAACUUUUUGGGAGUUGGGACAAAUACGACACGUCUCCCACAGAACAUGAGGACUAGCGCUCCGCCGAAUUCCGCCUACUUUGAGAAGCUUCAUAAGAGUUGGGGAUCCGCUGAUAAUAUACCGCAUGAAGAUAACACUAUGCCACCACCGAAAUACGGUUCUGUAAAAAAGCGACGACCGAAGCAAUACAUCGAAUACGAGCUAAACAGUGAUCACCAUAGUCAGAGCGUGCCGACAACACCAAGCCAGCCUCGUGCCCCCAUUGGUACGCUUUCGGAAAAUCAAGACACAGAAUCGGAAAAUCCAGGCGAUUCAGACUCGGAUACAGCCUGUGGUUUUGACUCCAAUUGGCGGCCAACUUAUAUAUAGGUUUUAAAGUUUAAAGCGACACUUUCGAACGAGUCUCUUUUCGCAAAUGAAUAUAAC